CCACAAAAAAUAAAAAUCGUAUCUUUUUUUUUUCUGUUUAGAAAACGAAACAAAAAUCAGAUAGUAUCUAACAGUUAUGGUUCUCUCCUCUGAUAUCUCCUUGAUUAUAUAACAAUCCGUUAGAAGGGGUUUAUCACCUUUUCCUUCUCUCCCUUUUUUUUCCAUGUUCAGGAGAAAAAACAAAGUUUAAGAUUGGAUCUCUAGCUAAAAAGACUGAGAAUUUACGAAGGGAAGGAGAAGAUAGGAAGAUGGACCACGUCAUGAAGAAACAACAAAUUGGCAUCAAAGCAAAGCAUUUUAAUUUAUUUUAGAGUGAAAAAGCUGAGAGGGAUUUGAUUGCAUGUGAUUCUCGGUUUCUAGUUGGUUGGGUUGGCUAGAUAAAGAAAGAAAGAAGGGAAAAGUGUGUUUGUUUCUCGAGAAAAUUGUAGGUAGGAAGAAGAUGAUGAUCAUCUCCUGAGGAGAAACAAGUGGGUUUGUUUGUAAUCAAAGGGGUUGUUUGGUUGCUGAGAAAAUCUCAAUCAGAAAGGGAGAGAAAAUGGAAGGAAACGGCACGAGAACACUGGAGAGAGUGGUAUCAGAGAAGGCGAUGAAGCUAGGAAGUUCAUUUCCAUGCCAAAUCUGCGUGGUUGGGUUUCUAUGUGGAAUCUGCCUCACUUCACUCUUCUUGGCUGCCAUCACCUCCCUCGCCGGCUUCGAACUCGCCGGAAUUUCCUUCUCCGCCGUCCAAUUCAGUUCCUCCUCUCAGUCCAUCAAUAUGGUCGGAAGCAUAGGCCGUAGCCCUAAACCGACGGAACAGAAACUCGAACCAGAGGAAGAAGAUUCAGUAAACCUCUUGGUCUCAGCUUGGGAGGAGCUUCUGAAACUGAAACAUGAUGACAGAGAGGUGUUCUUCUUCAAGAAACUAGGGUUGAACCGUUCUAAUGUCCCCAACGCUCCACAUCUGGAGAAUUGCAAGCUGAGCAAACGCAGGAGCGAGCGUUUGGAUACUCGGAUAGGGAACGAGACGUUCCCGCCAUGGACAAGCUGGAAGGGGGGACAUCAUCAAGCUUUGUCCGAAGCCGAACGUGCUUAUCCUCCUUGGGUCGAUGGAGCGGACGAGGAUAACUACCCGUUGACGAGGAAAGUGCAACGCGACUUAUGGAUCCAUCAGCACCCGCCGGACUGCGAGAAUCCGAACGUUAAGUUCCUCGUAGUCGACUGGGAAAGACCGCCUGGUUUCGGCAUCGGAGCUCAGAUUGCCGGGAUGACGGGUUUUCUCGCCAUUGCGGUGAAGGAAAAUCGGGUUCUCGUUACCGAUUACUACAACCGAGCAGACCAUGAUGGCUGCAGAGGUCCGUCUCGUGCGAGCUGGUCGUGUUACUUCUUACCCGAAACGUCUCGAGAGUGUCGAGACCGUGCAUUUGAGCUCGUAAGAAGGAAAGAGGCAUGGGAGACGGGAACAGUGACCAGAAAACAUAACUAUAGUUCGAAGGAGAUAUGGUCGGGGAGCACACCGAGGUUAUGGGGCGAACCUUGGAAUUACAUGAAGCCCACGACGGAGAUCAAUGGAAGUUUCGUGUCGGUUCACCGGAAAAUGGACCGGCGAUGGUGGAGAGCUCAGGCAGUGAGAUACCUGAUGAGAUUCCAAACAGAGUACACUUGCGGUCUGAUGAACGCCGAACGCCACUCUGCAUUCGGGUUUGAAGCUGCAAAGCUCGUUCUCUCGGGGGUCAACCGAAACUGGCCAAAGGAGGCGAAGGAGAGCUCGAGGUCGGAAAUGGAGGAAUACGUCUGGUCGAAUCACAAGCCAUGGAUUCCACGGCCAUUGCUAAGCGUGCACGUCCGGAUGGGUGACAAAGCCUGCGAGAUGAAGAUCGUCGCAUUAGACGAAUAUAUGCGUCUCGCCGACCGGAUCAGAGCCCGGUUUCCACACCUCAAAAGCAUAUGGCUUUCUACCGAAAUGCAGGAAGUCAUAGAGAGAAUGGAGGAAUACCCGGAAUGGAGAUUCUACUACACGAAGAAAGUGAAGAGGCAAGUCAGGAACGUGUCAAUGGCAGGAUACGAGGCGAGCCUCGGGAGAGAGACGAGCACGAACUAUCCGCUGGUGAACUUCUUGAUGGCAUCAGAGGCAGAUUUCUUCAUCGGAGCAUUGGGUUCCACUUGGUGUUUCCUCAUCGACGGCAUGAGGAACACCGGCGGCAAAGUCAUGUCCGGUUAUCUCAGCGUCAACAAAGACAGAUUCUGGUAAAAACCAGUUCAAAGAUUCGACCUUUUCUCUCCAAAAGGACGCAACCUUUCUGGUGCUUUGUACAUAGCAACUUCGGUAUAGAGUAAAUCUUAGGUUUUUCCGGUAAAAACCCACAUCUCACAUCUGUCGAUCCACUUCCAAGUUUCGACCUUUUCGUCAUAAAAACAAAAGUCGAAUCCUUUCUGGUGUUUUGUACAUAGAAGUUCGGUAUUAUGGUAUAUACAGAAGUAUCCAAACAGAAACUCUUGAAAACC